GUUUCUUUGACCACAAGAAGUAUAGCAAGGCAAAGAAGUCUGGAAACAAGUUUGAUAUAAUUCUUUAAAAUCAACUAUCUAAAGCAAAGCACUUUUUCCACUAGCUGUGAGUAAUCAUGAUUGGAAGAUACCUUGCCUUGUUUCUUGUGAUAGCUUUAGUUCCAACCAGCGAAGGAAAACCAACUUUUCAAGCCAAAUAUGGCGGCUAUGUAUUCGAGGGAGACAUGAUAUUACCAAUGAGUAAAAUCAACAUAGCGCUUGAUGGUGGAGAUGUUGCGCCAAAAGUUAAAGAAAGAAAAAGAAUACCUGGUCAACCGUUCGCUGAAAAAGUGACUGCUAAAAGUCAAUACCGAUGGCCUGGUGGAGUCGUCCCAUACGUCAUAUCAAAAGGCUUAAAAUGUUCGAAACAUUUUUGGGGAUGCUUUUUCUCUGGUGCAGAAAAAGCUAUCAAAAAAGCAAUGCAAGAAUGGGAGAAGAAUACGUGCAUACGUUUCGUUCCAAGAACAGAUCAAAGAGAUUAUAUCCGAUUUAUUGAUGAUGGAUUUGGAAAAUGUUAUUCACAUGUUGGUCGAACAGGAGGCAGUCAACCAUUAUCAUUGGGAAAGUUUUGCAGAAAAACUGGUAUCGUUAUCCAUGAGAUAGGACAUGCACUUGGAUUUUAUCAUGAGCAAAGUCGACCUGAUCGGGAUGAUUACGUCACCAUUAAAUAUGGUAACAUUCAAAGUGGAGCUGCUGUAAACUUUCGAAAAUACAAACGUUCCGAAGUGCAAGACCUUGCUCUUCCGUAUGAUUACAAUUCCAUCAUGCAUUACGACAAAAGUGCAUUUUCAAAAUGGCCCUGGCAACACACAAUCGAGCCAAAGAAAAAGGGAGUUCAAAUAGGUCAACGAGACAAACUGAGCGAUGGAGACAUUAAAGAGAUGAAGAAGUAUUACAAUUGUAAUUAAAGGGAAGUUUUUUUGAUGUAGAAAAAAAUUGACGGAGUAGAGUA